AUGGCAUCACUUCACGAAACGGCCGACUCGAUACGCGCCGCUGUGGGCUCGACAACAACAUGCACAGCCGCGACAGCAACAAUACUCAGCGACCUUCUGUUACCAAAAAUCACGAUUGUACCCAAACCCCUAGCAGGAAAUUCAAAGAAGCCGGCAAAGCCUGCGCUAUCAUCCAAGGCUACGAAAUCAGCAGUUGCGAAAACUAGGGGCAGAAAGGUUUCAUUUGCAGAGAAGGAGGAUAGGACGGAAUUUAAAGACGCCAACCAAUUGUCGCCGAAAGAGAGGUCGAUUUUGGCUACUGAAGUCAUCAAUGCCACACUCAAGUCUCUCAGCGAAGCCAUAAAGGCCCCAAAGUCUAGUUCAGUACGACGGCAAGCAUCCUCGCGGGACCUCAUUAAAGGUACAGCCCGAAGACCACUCAUACGUUCGAAUUCAGCACCACAAUCCCCAUUACAACCGAGAUCACUAAAUAGAGUAUCGACUUCGCCCAGCAUAUCUUCUAGGCCAAGCAGAUCUUCAUCUUCAGCUUCUAUCACAAUAUCUGGACAUAGGUCAACCGCAGAAUGUGCCCGUCUAGCUUUCGCGUGCCUCCGAGCAUUACAAACUGCCAAAUUACCAGGAAUCGACCUACCACCCCUUCAACUCGAGAAUGGCAUGUCAGUGUUGAUUGGAAAACUCAUAACUCUUGGAUUGGACGACUUGGCGACAAAGGAGUUACGGAUCUUGAAAAAGAGGUUGCAUACGGAAGAUGGACCAAAGAGGACAUUGACAUCGAAGGCAAAUGUCACGACGACUCCGCAGACUCUAGCAGAGCUUUUGGAUUUCGGAAGCACAAAGCUGAGCGGGACGAAACUCGGAUUAGUCAUUCAAUCUCAGCUACACAUCCUACGACUUAUGACUUCGUCUCGAAAACAGAAAAACGUAGAAGCUGCCCUGCCUAUUUUAGACCCGUCGCACCCUUCAUCUCCGACGAAUUUGCUGCUACUGGCUGCCAAGGAGUCGAAACCAACAAACAAGAUCGCACGUCAGCUACAAUCGCUCUCCGACCUCCUACUGUCAUUAUGUCCAAGCGUCUCGAGUUCGGACGAUGCUCUGGCUCUUGAAUCAAGACUCAGUGUAACCCCCGAGGCCUCGUUCCAACUGCAAACUUUGGCCUUCCAUAACCGCAUUUCAUGGUGGAAGCUCGCAGGCCAUAAAGCAAAUCACGCAACAGAGUUUUUCGAUCCAUUUCUUCGCUGUCUCUCUACUUUUGCUCGCCGAAACCCAGGUGGAGCACGCGAGACCUACCAGAUAGCUUCCGCGGCUUUUGUCGACCUGAAGCAACUGCUUUCAGAAUGUGUAGACGCAGGCCAGGGAGGAAGUAGGUCAGUUAUGACUGGCAUCUGCAGAACAUUCAGUUCUCUAGCUCAGGAGGCGAAUUUGGUUGAAGAUGCGAUCCACUGGACUUUGGACCUGAAAGGGUUAUUUGAGGAGAAGGUUGAUUCGGAUGCCAAAAUGAGCUUCAUCGUUGCUAGAUUGGCGGCCCUCACUCUCAAACGACCUUCACGGAAUGAUGAUGAGGAUUUGCUUCUCACUCUAUUGGAGGUCCUCGAACGGCCUUUGAAGGGCGAAUCUUUAGAGAUAGAUGACCUGAUGACUGAAGUUUCCUUUGCUAGGAGAGCUGCGAUAUCAGUAUUGGCUGCAUCAUCUCCAACUAGCCAACAGGAUUCUAAGUUAAGUGAUGGUAUGCGGCAAAUGUGCGAAUCUUUAGUAUUCAUAUGCCCCAGAUUAUGUUCGCGGUAUCUCGGGAAACCUCUCGAUGUUCAUUCUUCAACAAAAGACAUCGUCCGUCACGAGCAACGGCGGCAAUUCAUCGCCAAAUCGGGACUUCACUCAAUAGACUCUGCCCUGUUUGUGUUAAAGAUGCUUCUUGGUGAAGGGCAGUUGACAUGGGACCUACUAGACUCGAAGCUCCAGGAUUGUAUAGUUUUACUAGAUCGGCUUGAUCUAAAGUCUAUGGAAGGUCAAUUGGAUGGAAAACCGACCCAGUCAUAUCAUGUCAAAAUAUCUAAUAUUUACUACACCUACUUCCUCAACGAACGCCGAAAUCUGGAUGGUUUGAAGGAAACUCAACAGCUGCGAGUCUUAAGGCGAUCAGUAGAUUGUGUUCGAACGAGAUCACAGCUUGAAAAAAAGGCGGCGUUGCUUUCAACGAAGCUAGAAAGAAUGGCUGGGAUUUGCAAAAUCGUUGGUCGUUACGAUGAGCUAUUCAAAAUCCUUGUCGAUCUCCGGGACGAAAUGGUUAAAAAUGGUGUUCUGUCUGCAGUUGCAGUAACUGCGGCUUCUCAACCUCUCCGGAAAGCCUGGAAUCAAGAUGACGAGACGUCAAUGCUUGCUCGAACCGUACAAACUCUCCUCAAGGUCCAGCUUAAGUACCUGGAUUCUAGUUUGCAUACCCCGCUUGUGGACGAUUCUUGGACAGAUGAUGAAAAGGGAGUGCUGCUGGAGCACCAAUCCCGUCUAUUGUCUGAUCAAAGUUGUAACACCGCUGCGGCUUGGGAUCUUGCAAUUAAAACCUUCGAAGCGCUGAUUUCCGUAUACACUAAGUCUAAAUACCCUAUACGCAGACUCCGAGUGCUCAUUCAAAUUCAAACUCACGACUUGGAGUUUUCGGAAGAACUCACCCAGAUUAUGCAAGAAGAGCUCAGAGCUGAAGACAUUGCAACCUGCGUGGUAGAUGGAACAAAGGAUGAGUCUUUGCGGAAUUAUUUGCUUCAUUUCCAAACUUUGGCAAUCUCAACAAUAGAACUCAUGAAGGGUCUCCCACCAGUUGAUGCCCUAAAACGAAGUUUGGUUAUUUGGUCCGAUAUGAGAACUGUUUGUGGAGAUUUGGAAACCUUGGAGCGUCAAAUUGAGGACAUUCCUGAUCUUUUGAGCCACCUUCAAUCUAUCGCAGACUACUUACAGGUGAAGGGUCUCGAGGCCCUCCGAUUAGCGGUGUUGCGAUUGAUUGCUGAUUUCAUGGAGCUUCGGGGGGCCAAUACAAGCCCCGACGACCUGAUAUUUGGCUUCACAAACUUAGGAUCCCAGUGGCUUCAACUUGGAUAUUCUGGCAAAGCAGGACUAGCGCUGGACAGGGCGGAAAGUUACAGUCACCAAAACGGAGUUUCUUCACCUGCGAUGAUGCAGUUGCAUCUGUCUUCCUCCGAGUAUUCGCUAGCUAUUGGCAAUUUUGAAAAGUGCGAGGAUCAACUUGCACGCGCUCAACUCAUACAUACCGAAGAGACCGAGUUCAGAUCCGGCAAGAAUAUAGUAUUGACACUAGAGGAGAGGACUAGUAAGAACCUUCUGAUGUCUAAUGCAUAUUCGAUAUACUCUAUGCUCGCACUCCAGCGCGGCUCCGCUCACAUAUCGCUCAACCUUGCCAGACAAAGCGUUAGAUUGCUACGACGAGCAUGGGCAAACACCGAAGAACAUUUGCGAUCAAGGAACCGGAAGUCUGAAACGGAGAAAUUAGCCGAUGAAUUCUCUCAAAUGAAUAUGUCGACUUCAACAGUAAACGUUGCUCCCGUAACUGAUCCAGUCACCGGAUCUAACUUUUGGGCAUUGGUCACACCGUUCUUUCGGAGCCUUAACCAUCUCGCGCUAGUAUAUGCGCAUCACGGCAUGUUCCAGGAGUCACUCUACUAUGUAGACCAAGGGUAUCAACUCAUGAAACAUAUUGGCGCUGAGGCUCGCCAAGCCAUGGGAGCAGCACUGAAGGGGAACACACUACUCAAGGCUGGUGAUCUUGAGAAGGGGUCGGAAUUGCUUGCAGAGUCUCAGCAGCUUUCUUUGCCCGAGAAAGGUCUGGAUUCAGUUAUCUUGUCGUACCAUUUCGGCAACAUGCAUGGGCUCCUAGGGGACAAAGAUGCUGAGAUAGUCGCAUAUGAAGCAGCAGAAGAAGUUCUGAAUCGUCUAGUCAGUGUAGACCACAUCGGUACACUAGACAGGAUCUCUAAUCCAGUUCAUGGCCUCGAAACCAAAAUGUCUCAACUUGCACUUUCCAAGCCAAAGGCACCUGCAAAACGAAAGGCUCUACCUCGUCCGAAAGCCGCUAUAAAAAGCAAAGUUGUCACCCGCGUAAAGUCCCCGGUGGAGCCUACUCCAUCCAUUGCCGGCGAGUGUAGUCAGCUCAUAUCCCUCAAAGGUAUGGUGCUUCGUCAGAAAGCUCGGGCUCUGAUGGAAAGCAAGAAGUUUGUCGAAUCCCUUGCCCUUCUGGAUGGGCUUGGUGCUGCCCCGAAUGCUCAACUGGAGGCAGUAGAUCAUGGGCUUGCGAUCGCUAAGCAGUUGUUGCUUCAGAGCAUGGAACAGAUGACUGCGGAUCCAGUGUAUUCAGUCUUACAGGACUCGACCAUAUCUUUCCCUUCAGUUAUGGGUCCUUCUAAAAGCGAGAAGAGCGGAGAUAGGCUAUCCGUCACUCGAUCAUCACCGCCCAAGAAAUCACAGGUUACCAGAAAUGCCAAGGACAUAAAUAGGGCGAAAAGCCCUGCUCCUGAUAGCUUCUUCGACAGACUGCGCCAAGCUCAAGAGCACCUCAUUGAAGCACAUUCUGUUGCUCUUUGUGUCGCUCCUAUUGGUCUUCUCCACCGGAUAUCUGCUAUCCUCAACAGUGUUUCCAUUCUGCUUUCUGCCGCUGGUCACGCAAAGGGAAGAUCCAUUACUCACCCGGGUUUUGCUAGCUGCACUAUUGAGACAGCAAGAAAUCUUGCGCUUCGUCGUGAGCACAAAGCCAUACAUACGGAUAUUUCAUCGGCCUUCAAACUAGAUGAUUCAUGCUGGCCGAGCAUAUCUUCAGCUGAUCCAAGAAGAUCUAGCCUUGGGCUACCACAUGAUCUAUCUCGAUUCCAAAGAGAUUACGUCGAUAUUAUACCUAAAUCAUGGACGGCAAUAUCAAUUUCCCUGAGUGAUAGUCGCAACGAGCUCUCAAUCACCAAACUACAAGCAGGCCACAGUCCUUUCGUUCUUCGACUGCCAUUGGGACGACACAAUUCUAUGGAUGCGGACGAAGAAGUCUUCGGUUUUGAGCAAGGUCAAUCCGAACUUCGAGAAAUCAUCGAGCUAGCAAACGAAAGCUCACAUGAUGCGCGAGGCACGAUUGGGAAAGAAGCUAAGACCGCAUGGUGGGAGGAGAGAGAAGCAUUAGAUGCACGCCUGAAGGAUCUCCUUGAGAAUAUCGAGAAGGUUUGGUUAGGGGGUUUUACAGGCAUAUUUUCUCAACACGCCAGACGGCCGGAAUUACUGGCACGCUUCCAAAAGUCCUUUCACAAUAUCCUCGAUAAGCACCUCCCAUCACGCCGACAGAAGACGAAGAAGAAGAAUGCAAGUCCUCGCAUCACCUUGGAUUCACGAAUCUUGGAUCUGUUCAUUGGCCUAGGAGAUGCUGCAGACGAGUACUGUGACUUCUCGGAACCGCUGACCGAUUUGCUAUACUUCGUCAUUGACGUUCUGCAAUUCCAUGGUGAACUGAAUGCAUACGCCGAAAUCGACUUUGAUUCCAUUGUUAUUGAAACGCAUGAUGCUCUACGCUGCUACCAUGAAGCAGUUCGUGCAUCUGGCGACUCGGAUGAGGGAAUGCAUACAAUCUUGAUAUUGGACAAGGCUCUCCAUUCGUUCCCAUGGGAGUCACUGCCGUGUAUGGAAGGUCAAGCUGUCUCUCGGUUGCCAUCACUUAGUUGCUUGCGAGACCGCGUUCUCGCCUCGCAACCUUCUCCAUCAGAUAAUCUCCCAGAGGGGUGUUAUGCCAGGAGGGAGAAAGGCUCGUAUAUCCUCAACCCAGACGGCGAUCUUAAAAACACGCAGGCGACAUUUGGGAAGGCCCUUCAGACUCUGGAUGAAUGGGACAGUAUCGUUAAGCGGGAGCCAACGGAAGCGGAAUUCAAGGCGAGUUUGGAGAGCAAGGAUAUAUUCUUAUACUUUGGUCAUGGGAGCGGAGCACAAUAUAUCCGGGCGCGAGAAAUUCGGAAACUCCAGACAUGUGCUGUUACGUUCCUCAUGGGCUGCAGCAGUGGUGCUCUUACUGAGGUCGGCGAGUUCGAGCCGUAUGGAACGCCGAUCAAUUAUAUGCAUGCUGGCUCUCCUGCUGUGGUGGCUACGCUGUGGGACGUUACGGAUAAGGACAUUGAUCGAUUUGCGAAGGUUACUUUUGAGCACUGGGGACUCUUUGAGGGUUGUGAGAGUAAGAAAGGGAAGGGGAAGAAGAAGGAAGGGCCGGUGGUGAUAGGGGCGAUGUCGCUGAUUGAGGCAGUUGCGAAGGGGAGAGAGGCGUGUAACUUGCGGUACUUGAAUGCAGCCGCUGUGUGUGUAUAUGGUGUCCCGGUGUACUUGAAUUAG